AACAUAAACAUUGUAGUCUUUUGAAAGCAACGACCCUCGAAACUAGACACCGGCUUGAGGGCGCUUCAAGCGUAAACCUAAAAGAAAUCACAAGAAUUUAGCCCCCAAAAAGGAAGGCCUCAGCAUGAGCCUUUUAGGUCCAAAGGUUGAGACCUUUCUGGCUUUUUUAAUAUUGGUUAAUUUGUGUGGGAUUUUUACUACGAACGCUGCAAGUAGCGGGUUCCACUGUUCCCAUGGCCAGUUUGAGUGUGUCUCCGACCAGAAGUGUAUAGUCCUACGAUGGAGAUGUGAUGGAGAGGACGAUUGUAGUGAUGGAUCUGAUGAGCAAGGCUGUGCGCCCAAGACCUGCCUGCAAGACCAGUUUACUUGUAGAAAUGGGAAAUGCAUCCAGGCAACCUGGAAAUGUGAUGGGGAGGAUGAUUGUAGAGAUGGAUACCGAUCAGAUGAGAGCAAUUGCGGCAAUGUGACUUGUGGAGCUGAUGAGUUUAUGUGCUCAAAUCGCAAAUGUAUAUCAAGAUCUUGGACGUGUGAUAACCAAGAUGACUGCGGGGACAACUCAGAUGAGGAUAGGAAUGGUGUCUGCAAAUCAGUUCAACGGACCUGCGCUUCCAACCAGUUCACAUGCUCCAAUGGUGAUUGUAUAUCAAACAGCUGGACUUGUGAUGGAGAUAAUGACUGUAAUGAUGGCAGUGAUGAGAAGGAGUCUCUUUGUGCCUCUAAGUCGUGCAAAAUCACAGAGUUUACAUGCCGUACCUCAAGGAGAAAAUGCAUCCCCAGCCAAUGGAAGUGUGACGGAGACAAUGACUGCCCAGACAGCUCAGACGAAAGUGGCUGUCCAACGGCAUCAGUGUCCCCAAGGCGGUGCUCAGUUGGCAUGUUCAAGUGCAGGAAUGGGGAGUGUGUGCUGGGUCACUGGAGGUGUGAUGGGGAGAAAGACUGCUCAGAUGGCUCGGACGAGAAAGGAUGUCGAAAAUCAAAUUGCGCAAGUUCUGAGUUCACCUGUGCGAAUGGACAGUGCAUUACAAGCUCUCAGAGAUGUGACGGCACCAGCAACUGCCGAGACAGCUCAGAUGAAAAAGCAUGUGUCACACCACCACCUUGCAUGCCUGGUGAGUUCAAAUGUCAGAGUACCGGCCGGUGCAUUCCAGAGUCAAAGGUUUGCGAUGGAACGAGGGACUGUCAGGAUGGGGAGGACGAGCCCUUGAGAUGCAACAUAGAUGAGUGUAAGGAUCACAAUGGUCACUGCAGCCAGAAAUGCAACGACCUCACCUUGGGGUACAACUGUAGCUGCUUCUCAGGAUACAAAUUGCAGGGCGCACGCCUGUGUGUCGAUAUCGACGAGUGCGCAGAGUACGGUACAUGCAGUCAGGUGUGUGAAAACCUGAAGGGAAGCUUCAAGUGCAGCUGUCUGCCAGGCUACCGAAUUGACGGAGAUGGCAGGACGUGCAGGGCAAACGGCACCCUUCCCUCGUUGGUAUACUCGUCCCAGUUCUCCAUCCGCAAUGUCACUGUAUCCGGGGGAAUAUCCCAAGCUAUCGUCUCCGGACGCAAGGGUGUGGUCGGAUUGGAUUACGACUACAAGUCCAACUUGAUUUUCUGGACAGACGCAAAGGCUGAGAAGAUUAACCGCGCUAGGCUGGACGGAUCAGGAUCUGUUGAAGAGAUAGUAGGUGACGUAAAAGUCCCUGAUGACGUCACGGUGGACUGGUCCGGAAGAAAGAUUUAUUGGACGGACGGAGAGCAGAACAUGAUCGAAGUUGCGGAGCUGACCGGGGCUCACCGCAUGACCCUGUUCUCCUCUGGACUAGACGAGCCGCGCGCUAUCGUAGUCGACCCAUCAGCGGGGUAUCUGUACUGGACGGACUGGGGAUAUAACGCGCGGAUUGAGCGAGCAGGAAUGGAUGGCGACGCGUCUACUCGAACUAUCAUCAUCAGUGGUGAACUUGGCUGGCCUAACGGGCUUACUAUCGACUACACUAUAAAAAGACUCUACUGGGCUGAUGCCAGGCUAAAAAGGAUCGAAUCGUCACGAUUAGACGGCUCGGAUCGUCGCCUAAUUGCAGAUAUCGCCCCACAACACCCAUUCGCUAUCACAGUAUUUGAGAAUUAUUUGUACUACACUGAUUGGAAUAGGGAUGAGCGCGCGCUCCGGAGGGUUAACAAGUUCACUGGUGGUGAAAGGACAAUCGUGAAAAGGGUGCUAUGGCCGCACAUGGAUAUACAGGUUCUACAUCCGCUCAAGCAACCAUAUUUGCCAAAUCGUUGUGGCGAUAACAAUGGAGGCUGCAGUCAUCUCUGCCUGCUGGCCGCUGCACCACGCAAAUUCUCGUGCAAGUGUCCAAAUGGAAUGAAUAUGUCGUCGGACGGGAAGACCUGUACCGGACAGCCCAUUACCGGACAGCCCACCCAGCCUGCCACCACUAGCACUACGCCUACAACAAUGCCUACACGUAAGCCCUCGACAGCUCAACCUUCCGUGUCUACCACCAAGCCCAACGACGUGGUAAAAACGCAUAUGACAAGCGUGGUCACCAAGCCCAAGCCGACAAGCAUUCCUCCUACCACAGGGAGCCCAAAAGAUGGCGUACUUGCUAAACGUGAAGGUAAUAAAGAUACUGGUGGCAGUAGUGUCCCACUGAAGGUCAUCAUACCAAUAAUAGUCGUUCUCAUUCUCCUCGCGAUCCUGAUUGGCGUUGGGGUCUGGUACUGGCGUAACCGAUGCGGCUAUCAUAAAGCCAGCACCAUUAGUUACUACAAGGACAUGUCGACCAAGCCACUGGAGGAAGACUUCGAUGACAAUGAGACCACCAAGGUAUUUGACGAUGGCGGGCCGCGAUGCAAAGUGGAGUUUGCGUAAGAUAAUAAAAACGACCUUAACGUCUUUAUUUGGGACUUGGACCUCUCCCAUAUGGUACCAGGUAGGCGAUUGUGGUCCCCGAGGUCCAUUCCAACACGUCGUGGAUCAGCACCAACGUGAAGUUGGUCUAACAACCAAGUGCGCCUUUUCAAGAAUUAGAGGCUACAUAGGCAGAUCCAGAUAUUUUUUUACGUUUUCUCUUCACUAUCAGCUUUCUUCCUAUCACUCAUAAUAUUUAUGUGAUGGCUACAGUCAUCAUGAUAGCUACUCCUGUGACUAAAACUCGAUUUAUUCUCCGCUUUAAAGUUUCAUUCAAACGUGGAGUAUUUUUUCUGUAGUCAUCAAUUUUAAAGCGGUCUUGCUGCUACUAAAGCUAAAUAAAUUGGGUUGUGUAGAUAAGCCUUAAAAACAGAGUAAUAAGCACUCGAGAACGCUCGAGAUAAAUUAUAAAAGCGUUUGCAUAAAAUAAACUAUAAGAUCAAAGACUUAAAUUCAGGUCCUCAGAAAACACUUAUAAAAAGAAUAAUUUAAAAUAAGGUAAAAACAUUUUUUCGCUGCUGUGCUUCAAAAUGUGAGAAAUAAAAAAAAAAUAUCAUAAUUCCCUUCCGUUAACAGGGUAGCGUGACACUAGCGUGACAUUCUCUCGUAGCGUGACACUAGAGCGGGUUCAUUUGGUGUUUGUACAUAAUUCAUUGAGCAUGCGCAGGUAGCAUGCUGUCCAAGAAUCGGGCAAGCGCUAGGCGCUAGUCUCUCUCGCAAAGGGCUCUCAUUGUGGUUAAUUUUUUGUCGCCUCUUAGAGUUCAUCUUCAUCUUUCAGUUCAUCAAAAUGUUGCUUCUUCGAAUUCAUCAGAUCAUUAGUCGCAACCUUCAUUUGGCUCAAGAAGACACAAUAAAAAAAGAGGCGCGAAAACACUGACCAUACAGAGCCUUUUACUGAAAAGCAUGACUUGUUGUUUGUAAGGAACAAUCAAUGAUUACUAUGCGACGCGCGCUAGCGUAGUCACCUUGAUAUCUUUGUAAAGUAAGCCAUUGAUAAUACGAGAAUGUGUUAUGACAAGAACUCACUAUACAGUCAGGUAACAAAGAAAUGCUUCUGUGUGCAUCAGAGCUCAUAUUUAUUAAGAUCGUCUCAAGCAAAACUGUAAUCCUCGCUAUCUGAUUGGCUAUUUCUCCUAAAACUUUGUCAAGGUGGACACGGUAGCGCUCGUCGCACUGUUACGCUCCUAAUAGCUAAAAAAUAAGUUUAGUAUAAAUAUUUAUCAUUAAGAUUAUUUAUUCGUAAAUGUGUUGAACGCAUGACCCUAUAGGAUAAAUUAAAUAAGGCGCUUUAAAGCUUUUUGGAUUGCAUAUUUUUGGAUGAUUUGUAAAACGACUGGAAGUAUUUUUGCAGUUUUGAAUAUUUUGCCAUUAAUAAUUUUGCACAAUAAAAAGCUAAAAUAAGUUAAAAUUUAAUAGCUCUUUGCGUCUGCGGAUGGGGUAUUAUUUAAGGUAUGUGAAACAUUGGCUAAGCUUAACAACAGAACUUUGUGAAGCCUUUCGCUUAAAAAAACAACGUUGCCCUUUCAGAUAACUUUUUUAAAAUUUCUUGCUAAUAUGCGCUAGCAAACGGUAUAAACAAAUGUCGCUGAAACAUUUAGCUGCUUUGUCUGUGGUUUUAUAAGGCUUACGCGAUAAUCGAAAGUAUUUUUCUCUUUGAAUGGUAUAAAUAUUGUAUGGAUAUGAUAAAACUGCGAUUCGUAAAUGUUAAAAAUUAUUUAUAGCAUGUAAGACACUGGUUUUGGAACCUGAAAUAUAAUGUAAAUUUUCAAUAUAAAUACAUGUCUGUUAUUUCGUAUGAUCAGAAAAAAGCAUAUGAAGGGAUCAAGAACAACAACAACAACAAAGGCAUGCUAUCGGAAUGCUUCUCCGAGUAAUUGUCUCGAAUUUUUGAAAGAAUUUCUUAGAUGUGCAUGCCCCACUCAACCAUUGCAUCGUGUUAACCAAGCUGUGCGGAGAAACUGUCAUAUACUUAACAUUUCCUUUUGAAAUAGAUCGUAGUUUCAGCUCGAAACAUGGCCCAAGCAUAUGCACUGGCAGCACUUGAAGAACGCGGACAGCACAGUGAAUGAGAGUUACGUGAGGUUUCCUGUCCAUAUCCAACAUGUAUUUAUAACAAUGGCGACACUGACUAAUGGUGACUGUUUUCCUGAUGGUAACACUAGCUGUUUUCGGUACCUAAUCACCUUAUUCUGUCGCUCUGUUCAUUGUUCUUUCCUUGGCUGAUACCAAUCAAACAAUGGCUUUGUCAAGUCAUUAAUGCACAACCGCUGUAAACCAUUUCACUCCCAAGCGGAGACAAAAUCAAUUUUUUCUCCAAACUAUAUCGAUGUGCAGACAGGGAUAUUUUACUAAAUUGAUAUAAGCUGCAAUAAAGAACAUUAAACACAAUUCCCAACCCUACCCCUAGGAAAUGUACUUUACUCUCGAAAGGAGAAUCCCGUUUUAAUGUGGUGGUAGAUGUGCGCUUGUGUAUGUGCUGGGCCCAUAACCUAUAAUAGAUGUGUGAAUAUAUUCGUAUCAAUUUGUAAUUAUCUGGAUAAUGAUUCUAUAUAAAGUAAAUAAAAAGAAUAUAUCUGAA